AUGAGAGACCAAGAGCUCACACGCCACAUCAGCACUUUCCGAGCCUCCUGCCCACAACGUAUCAAGCGGAACAGGCCAACCGUAUCAUGCUCCGCUUGUCGUGCGCGUAAGCAGAAAUGCGAUAGACAGCAGCCUUGCAGUGGAUGCCAGAGGCGCGGUUCAGAAGACUCAUGCCGUUUUGGACCUUCAUCGGAACCAAAAAAGUCGAUUUCGCUCGAGGAUGGGACGACGCGCGUUCAGAGUGAGCUUGGGCGAAUGCGGAGUGUGCUGCAACGCCUCCUCAGCCAACCCACCCAAGAUCAAUCAACGAAAUCUGUCAAACAGCUCCUCGAUAGCAUCGAUCGAAUCGAGAACACUGUCAGUGAGGAUGUGUGUCAAGAAAUUGCACAAAUGCCCCAUGCGAGCCAGCUCCCAGACGUCAUAUUCGGCACUGUGGCUGUGGUGGUCAUGUCUCAAGUCCUACCUGUCUUACGUCGGAUCAUCUGCCAUGCCUUGGGCUUUAAAACCUACAGCUACUCAGAUGCUAUGUUUGUGAAAAGUCAGCUGAACGUCUGGUACUAG